AUGCAUCAUGACGUCUCGAGCGCCAAGGAAGGCCAUACCAACCGCAAUAAGAAAAAUCAGCGUGGUGCGCAGCAAGAGAACUUUCACAUCGGAGAUUACGUGUUGUGGCCCCGUAUUGAUUCCGAGGUGCACGUCAAUAAGCUUGCGGUCAAAUGGAUUGGACCGUACCGUGUGAUUGGUGCUCAGGCAAACUCAUUUGAGAUCGAACAUUUGCUGAGUGGAGCCACUCGCAGGGUGCAUGCUUCGAGAUUGAAGAUGUACGCCGACAGCAGUCUCGAUCUCCGUGCCUUCGGAGAGAUAUUGGAGCACAUCGCUAACCAAGACGUCUACUUCACCGUCGCUUCGUUCAAAGAGCACCGCAAGCAUCCUGCUCACAGUUAUGAAGUUCUGGUAGCUUGGGAAGGACUGGAGGAGAUUGAGGACUCCUGGGAACCCAUGACGACAAUGCAUGAGGACGUCCCGGUGAAGCUGCAGGACUAUGUACGUACUGCGGAUGACUCGAAAUUGAGUCAAUUCCUAUUGCAUCUACAAUCUACUCGCAGGAGCGGCGGUAACCAGUCCACGAAGAAGAAGAAAGCAAAGAAACCAGCAGCUGUUUCGAAGGCCAUCAAGAAUUCUACGCGUCGCGCCAAAACAGGCAGCUCAGCGGCGAAGCAACAGAAGCCUGCCCGCCGCCUAGCCAAGUGA